GCAUAAGUCAGUCUUGAUUGACAAGUUAAAGUGCCUAACCUGGCCCCAUCACUACGUUAAGCUCAUAUAGGAUGGGUAUACCAGAACUCUGGCAGCUUUUUGACAAAGCUGAAAUCGGAGAGAAUAUCUCCACUGCUGCGUUUGCUGCCCAACAUUUUGAGAGGGAAAGAAGGCCCCUUCGAAUUGCAGUGGAUGUUUCCAUCUGGAAGUUCAAGUGUUAUUUAGAUAAAAAGGAAGUGGAAGCCAUUCGUAGAAAGGUCCCACCUGCGAAUCCAAACGAGAAGAACAUUCUCUACAAGAUUUUGAAACUUCUGAAACUGAACAUCCAACUGAUUUUUGUCGCGGAUGGUAGUCAUCGACCAAAAGAGAAAUAUGGUGGUCAAUCGCCAUGGUACAAAUAUCUUUCCCAGGACGAUAGACUCCUCAAAAAGAUGGCCACUUCCCUAGGCGUAAUAUGGCAUGAAGCACCCGGUGAAGCCGAGGCGGAGUGUGCAGCUUUGCAAAGCCGUGGGGUGGUAGAUGCCAUUUGGACAGAAGAUUCGGAUGCUUUCAUGUUCGGGUGUACAUCUCUAAUACGUUUCUGCCAUGUUAAAAAACCCAAGGUGAAGAGGCCUGGAAACAAUCAAGACUGGGUCAACGAAUCUGAUGAGACAAGGCGUGAGGUCGACCUCGAUAACAUUAUCAUUUACCGAGCAGAUAAAAUACAAGAGCAAUUCCCAGGCUUGACUCGAGAUGGUCUCGUAUUGUUCGCGGUCUUAAAGGGGGGCGAUUACAGUAAAGACGGUAAAAGUCUCACAAAUUGUGGUGCUUCUCUGGCGUUACAAAUAGCGACUGCGAAAGAAGGCUUUGGCAAAGACCUUUGCAACGUAUCACACGCAGAUUUCUCAAUUUGGAGGAACAGUCUUCGGGAACAUCUCACAAGCAUCAACAAAAGAAUCGACGUACCAGAUAACUUUCCAGACCCUCGCAUUGUUGGCCUUUACAACAAGCCUUUAGUCUCGUCCGAGAAAAUUACGAGCGACAUUGGAAAGUUUUGGAACCCCUCUUUUGAUGAGAUGGAGUUACAAAGAUUCAUCGCUCCGAUAUUCAAUUUUUGGGUAGCUGAAUACAUCAAGUAUAUCUUACCUAUCCUUCUCGUCCGUUCUCUCGCCUCUACACAGCCAGGACAGGAAGCGAGUAACAACUGCUAUAAACUUAAUGUCAUUACCAAGAAGAAAUCGCCUGUUCUACAGAAGAAUGUAGAGGUGCUAAUAUCUGCAGUAACACUCAUGGACUUACAAGCCUGGAGAGAUGAAUUUACGAAUAAAGGUCGAAGCGGGAAAGUAGCACCAGUCACUGAAAUGGUCAAGUGUGAGGAUUUGCUGGCGUGCAUUAUUGAACAUGGUACCAAACAAGCUCUUCCACCGGCUGCACCAUCCUUCGGGCGCAAUAAAACUGUGGUAUCUCUUGAGACCAUUUCCAAAGCCAAAAAACGGGCAGGGUCGCCAGUAGCUCCGAUCAACACUUUCUCUUCGCCACAUCAACAGCUGCCGCCAAAAAGAGCUAAAAUUAUAUCAGAGCAGAUACCAAAACCCCGGCCAACUACUAAAGCUUCUAUAGAACCUGCGCCCGCACACUCUGAAGUCUCACAUCAAGCUCAAAAUAUUUCUUCCUCUACCAAAGAGAAUACAAUGCAUAAGUCACCAGAACGGGAUAGGAAUCCGAGGCAUCCUCGGCUGAGAGAUACAAAUAAAUCUUCGGUAACAACCAUUGACCUCACUCUCGAUGAUUCUUCGGACGAGGACAAUCAGGUUACCAAUACUAAUGCUCAAUCACACCUUUACCCCAAUCUCGUCACAAAACUCACAACUGGGUACCGUUCGUGAAGCUCGACUUAGAAAUUUCGGUUCUGAUAUCUCUAAGCCAGCAUCUAUGCCAGCGGCUCAAAAUUCCAUUCACUGCGCAUCGCCAAAUGCACACGGAGACUCCAAACUCUCACCCCUCGCUAACAAACCUCUUCCUCCGGGUAUUAAGGACGAUGAUUUUGAUGGAUUCUUCUCUGAUUCGUCCAUUUGACGACUUUACGACUUGAUGAUUAUAACUUCAUUUCGUGUGGCGCAAAUUGCUUGAGCGAACAGUAUUAGGUGAUUUGGUUUUGCUUAUACCCUUUUGAUUUGGCAUUUGAUUUAGCAUUUGAUUUGGCAAUCAUGGGCUACACAUAACUUGUAUGAUACUUGUAAAGAUUCAAUGGCGAUAUCGGCUACGAAGAGUGGCUUUGCAGAUUAUGUUAUAUAGGAGAAACAUUAUCAGGGCAGUAAUCGUAUAUUCUUGGUCAUACUUUACUUGAAUCAUGGAUUUGGAAAGAAAAGCAAUCCCGACAAGCAAACCCUCCUCUGGAUUGUUGCUAGUGAAAAGUUUAGCUCUACUGUAUUUAUGUUUUAUAACCAAUCAAAUAGAAUUGGAAAUUCACCGGUCA